AUGACAAUAUCAACGAACCCCACUUGUCGCCGCUUGGGGAGUAACAUGCCUCCCUUUGGGGUGGACUGGUUGUCUGCAAUAUCGAAAACGCUCCCUCCACCUCCUCACAUCGAACUGGUGAUGGCGAUGCCGUACCUCCGCACAGCGUUCAAAAGACCCACUGUCAGAGUCAGACCAACCUCCUCCGAAAUGUACAACCGUAACGCUCGCAGUGCAGUCGGAGCAUUAGAUGGCCGUGGUCUGGUGGCAGUGAUCAAACGCCAGGUGCCACUUGCAGGCCAGCUGGAUCAUCAGCUCGCCUGGGGACAAGGCUGGGGAUGGGUCACAUUACCCAAUGGAGUUUGGAGUGGACGUCUUACAUGGUCUCAAGAUGGUGACGACUUCGCCCUCCACGCUAUGCCCAUCAUGCAUCACACCAACGUGUCCCAGGCAUGCUCCAUGCUUGAUGGAGUUACUGCAUACGAAGCAUCAGCCUACGAGCAGGCACUCGCUGAAUACGAUGACUCCGCCACUGGGACUUCCGAUGACUGGGACUUCGGAGUUGACUGUGGCGACUUUAUGAUGUAA